UGUGACGUAUGAGGAGGCGUUGGCCUCUCCGGUGUGAUCUCAUCGCUGAAGACAGCUCGGAGGCUCCGUAGCGUCGCGUUUUGCCAUCAUUUGUCCAGCAAACACAUUUAAACUAUUUAAAACGGACUGAGUUGUAGUUCUUAAGUUAUCCGGUUGAACUCGUCGAAAUGAUGAAGAACGGUCACCACGCUGCCGAGCCGUGCUGUGAAGCCGGCUGCGGUAAGGCUGCGUGUAGCCCGGAGAAACGGAAGCGGAUGGUGCGGUUGUGGUGUGACGGCUGCUACGACAUGGUGCACUAUGGCCACUCUAACCAGCUACGGCAGGCCAAAGCUAUGGGAGAUUACCUCAUAGUUGGCGUCCACACUGAUGCGGAGAUCUCCAGACACAAGGGACCCCCGGUUUUCACCCAGGAGGAACGCUACAAGAUGGUGCGUGCCAUCAAGUGGGUGGAUGAGAUCGUAGAGGGAGCCCCUUACGUCACCACGCUGGAGACUCUGGACAAAUACAACUGUGACUUCUGCGUUCACGGAGAUGACAUCACGCUGACGGUAGACGGCAAGGACACGUAUGAAGAGGUGAAGCGCGCUGGUCGUUAUCGGGAGUGUAAACGCACGCAGGGCGUCUCCACCACAGACCUGGUGGGACGGAUGCUGCUCAUGACCAAAGCUCACCACAGCAACCUGGACAACACGGAUUACCAGCAGCACACCGACAACUUUGGCAAGGGUGCUACGGUUCACAGCCCGUGGACGGGUGUUUCCCAGUUUCUGCAAACAUCCCAGAAGAUCAUCCAGUUUGCUUCAGGAAAGGAGCCUCAGCCUGGAGACACCAUCAUCUAUGUGGCCGGAGCGUUCGACCUUUUCCACAUCGGCCAUGUUGACUUCUUGGAGAUGGUUAACAAACAGGCGGAGAAGUCUUACGUGAUCGUGGGUCUGCACUUUGACCAGGAAGUGAAUCGCUACAAGAGGAAGAACUACCCGAUCAUGAACAUUCACGAGAGAACUCUGAGCGUCCUCGCCUGUCGGUAUGUGUCCGAGGUGGUGAUUGGUGCUCCCUACGCCGUGGGCAAAGACCUCCUGGAUCAUUUCAAGGUGGAUUUGGUGUGUCACGGUAAGACGGAGGUGUUUCCAGACAAAGAUGGGUCCGACCCGUACUCUGAGCCCAAAAGGAGAGGAAUAUUCCGGGUCAUUGAUAGUGGGAAUAAUCUGACCACUGAUGAUAUUGUGGAAAGGAUCAUUGAAAACAGGCUUCAGUUUGAAGCCAGGAACCAGAAAAAGGAGGCCAAGGAGAUAGCGGUGAUGGAGGCCAUGAAAAGGAGAGCGCAGCAGGAGUAGAACGAAGCUGCAGCUGAGCCUGUCCAAUGAUGAACUCGGACAGGUUUAGGUCUAGUUUACUCCAGCAGAGCCAGGGAGGAAGUCCACGUUGUUCUCAGCUAGAUCAGGUCUGACUUCUCAGAUCCUGAUUCACAUCUUCAACGGAUGUUCCUAGAAAACAUGUGGAUCGUCUUCCUGCCACGAUAUUAUUCUUACCUGUAGAUCCAACACCAAGUUAGAGGCGAGAUCUUUUAAAUAAUCAAAACUGAUUGGAAAACUCUGUGUGUGUGUGUGUGUGUGUGUGUGUGUGUGUGUGUGUGUGUGUGUGUGUGUGUGUGUGUGUGUGUGUUCAUGCGUGCGUGUGUAUGUGUGUGCAUGUGUGUGUGUGUUUAUGUGUGUGUGUGUGUGUGUGCAUGCGUGUGUGUGUGUGUGUGCACGUGUGUGUGUGUUUAUGUGUGUGUGUGUGUGUGUGCAUGCGUGCGUGUGUGUGUGCACGUGUGUGUGUGUGUGAUGCCUAAUUCCUGAAGAAUUAAUUUAACGGUGUGUGACUGAGCGUCUGCCUCUGAGACGUUAAAUCCGUUUAUUUUGCAGUAAUUUGAGUUUUUAAUGGAAACUUUUAUUAACCACGAGUUGCUUUUAUAAGCCUAUCUCAGCUUAAUUAUUUGUUUGUGAGCUGAAGAAAAGAAAAAAACUGGUUUGCGAUACUUAAAAGUAUAUUUUAGUAGUUCUGUUUUUGCCUUCAGUUAAUUUAUGUGUAAAUUGUACAUUAUGAAAUAAAUGAGUGAUCUAUGUAAAGCAUUGUAUUAACCUGCUGUAACCAUGACGAUGAGCUCAGAGGCACGGUUGACUGAAGCAGAAGAAUUUGGCCACAGCUGCUCACAAAUGAAAGCCAGCUGUGGAAAACGCUCCAGCUGUUAACGGUGGCUUUUGUUAAAACCUUGUAAUAAAAAUAUGAAUGAAGUGAAAAGGCAGGUUUGAUUAUGUUGGUGCUAGACCGUGUGUACAACGACAAGUAAAAACCUGGAGGUUUGGUCUAAAGAGUCUAAGAAACCCUGUUUGUCUUACUGACUUGUAUGAGCUGUAACCAUGGAAGCUGAUUUUACCUGGAGACUUGUUUUGAUGUGCUAAUGAGCUUUUGUGUGUUUGAGAAAUUAAAACAACCCAAAAGUG